AAUGCUGAACAUGUCAGCCCGCAAUUGUCUGAUCAGGUUUCCUUCACGUUUUCUAUGAACAGUAAACAUAACAACCUUUUAUUCCCAUUCCUAAGAGUCUUAAGGAACAAAGAACAAGGCCAUUACUUUCGGAACUGGGAAUGACAACGGCGACGAUGAGGCUGUCGAAGCAGGUCUUCUCCGUUUCGUUGUUGUUUCUCGUAGCUCUGUCGGGAUUCGCACAUGGAUUCGUGACACCUCGUACUUUGCUUAACCGCUUGGAUGAAACUAGCAAAUACUUAACCACUAAAGAGCUCUGGUUCGACCAGACUCUCGAUCACUUUUCUCCUUACGAUCACCGGCAAUUUAAGCAGCGUUACUAUGAAUUCCUUGAUUACUUUCAAGUUCCAGAUGGACCCAUUUUCUUAAACAUCUGUGGGGAAUCUUCCUGCCCUGGCAUAACCAAUGACUAUAUCAGCGUUUUGGCGAAGAAGUUUGGAGCAGCUGUGGUUUCACUCGAGCAUCGUUACUAUGGGAAAAGCAGUCCUUUUAAAUCACAUACAACGGAAAAUUUGAAAUAUCUUUCAUCCAAGCAGGCUCUCUUUGACUUGGCUAUUUUUCGCCAAUGGUAUCAGGAAUCCUUAAAUUUGAAGCAGAAUAAAAGGGAUUCUGAGAAUCCGUGGUUUGUUUUUGGUAUUUCGUACCCUGGUGCUCUUAGUGCGUGGUUUCGUCUUAAGUUUCCUCAUUUAACAUGUGGAAGCCUGGCAAGUUCUGCGGUUGUUCUCGCUGUUUACAACUUCACUGAUUUUGAUAAGCAGAUUGGUGAGUCAGCUGGUCCUGAAUGCAAAGCCGCAUUACAAGAAAUUACUCAACUUGUUGAUCAAAGACUUGCAUUACCACUAUCAGAAAGAAAAAAACUGAAGACACUGUUCGGCGCAGCUGAGCUUGAGAUUGAUGGUGAUUUCCUCUAUUUUGUGGCAGAUGCAGCUGUUACUGCGUUUCAAUAUGGAAACCCAGAUACAUUAUGCACCCCUCUUGUUGAAGCAAAAAAGGCUGGAGAGGAUUUGGUGGGUGCCUAUGCCAAAUAUGUUAAAGAGCAUUACAUUGGAAGUAUUGGUGUCAGUGUUCAAACCUAUAAUCAGAAACACUUGAAGAACACUGCAGUUAGUGAAGAUAAUUCUGACCGGCUAUGGUGGUUUCAAGUGUGUACUGAAGUUGCAUAUUUCCAGGUGGCACCCUCAACUGAUAGCAUUCGCUCUUCAAAAGUUGAUACAAACUACCACUUGGACCUUUGCAAGAGCGUCUUUGGAGAAGGUAUCUACCCCGAGGUUGAUGUGACAAAUAUAUACUACGGAGGCACAAAAAUUGCAGGUUCAAAAAUCAUUUUUACAAAUGGCUCACAGGAUCCAUGGCGUCAUGCAUCCAAACAGCUAUCAUCCCCAGAUAUGCCUUCCUACCUCAUUACUUGUCAUAAUUGUGGCCAUGGAACUGAUAUGCGAGGAUGUCCCCAAUCGCCUUUAAGCAUUGAAGGUAAUGCUCAGAAUUGCAGUUCUCCUGAAUCAGUUCACAAAGUGAGGCAACAGAUGAUCGAACAAAUUGACUUGUGGCUGUCUGAGUGCAAGAGCGCGGGUAGGAGUUACAUGUAAAAGUGUAUGGCACAGACGAGAUACAUAAAUGUUCCAAUUGAUCACUUAGCUAACCUUGAUCUCAUGUAUGUUUCCUUCUGAAAAUGUUUAAUUGCACAUUAUAAAGGCGUUACAAGUAUUACUUGUCCUUUUGUAUGUCCUCAACCCAAAAACGUAAUGAAUAAUAACCUAUACUUAACAGUAAA